AACGAGCUGGAGCGGCUGUUCGACGAGACCCACUACCCGGACGCCUUCAUGCGCGAGGAGCUGAGCCAGAGGCUGGGACUGUCCGAGGCCUGUGGUUUCAGAACAGAAGAGCGAAAUGUCGAAAACAAGAAAACCAAAUGCACAAAGACAUCUUUCCCUUCUCUCCAGGUGUCAUCCUGGGCAGCGGCAGUCAYCUGGAUGCAUGCAGAGUAGCUCCGUAUGUCAACAUGGGUGCCCUCCGAAUGCCCUUCCAACAGGUACAAGCACAACUCCAGUUGGACGGCGUUACCCACUCCCACCCCCACCUGCACCCUCACCUGGCUGCUCACGCUCCCUACCUGAUGUUCCCGCCCCCUCCCUUUGGACUACCAAUCGCGUCUCUCGCCGACUCUGCCUCGGCGGCGGCGGCGGUGGCGGCGGCAGCCAAAAGCAACAGCAAGAACUCGAGCAUCGCAGAUCUGCGACUCAAGGCAGGACUUCUGCGGGGCCAGUGGCUCAGUCCACUCCAGGCACAGAUCACAUCCCAAGGACCGUACAAACACAUGUGGAUGUCUGUUUGAGGGCCCCGAGGGCCGGGGAGCCAUCAGGCCAGAGGACGUUAGAACAAAGCAAAACUGGCGAGCAGCAGCAGGGUCUGUUGAUGCGUGGAGG